AUGGCGUCUUCGUCGCUCCCCUUGACAAUGCGUGCCUGGCAAUUCACAUCUACUCACGGAGGGCUCGAAAAGAACCUAACCCUCAACUCGUCGGCUGCUCUCCCGCCGCAUAGUGUCAGUGAUCUGGGGAAAGACAAAGUGCUGGUGCAAGUGCUGUUUACGGCAUUGAACCCGGUGGACUACAAAAUCGCGGAAUUGCCGGUGAUGGGCCGACUUGCAAUUAGAAGACCCAGCUCACCAGGGCUUGAUUUUGCGGGCAGGGUGGCGGCGUCGGGAUCCCAAUCCGACUUCAAGGUUGGACAGCUCGUUUUUGGUCGACUCGACCAGCCGACGCAAUUUGGCGCGUUGGCAGAGUACACGGUGGCACGAACGGGCGCGUUGGUUGCGGUACCAGAAGGCGUCCAGGCGCAAGACGCCGCGUGCGUAGGAACCGCAGGGCUGACCGCAUAUCAGUCAAUCGUGCCGAACGUGAAAGAAGGGAAUGGGAACAGAGUUUUCAUCAACGGUGGCAGUGGCGGAACAGGUGUCUGGGGCAUUCAAAUCGCAAAGGCAUUGGGAUGUUACGUGGUGACGAGCUGCUCCAGCAAGAAUGCAGAGUUAUGUAAGUCGCUGGGCGCAGACCGGGUGGUUGAUUACAACAGCGAAGAUGUCGUUGAGGCUUUGACAAAGAUUGCUGCUGAUUCUUCUUCUGGUCCUGGGCGCAAGUUUGACCUGUUGGUUGACAACGUCGGCGCCUCGGGCAGACUUUAUUGGAAUUGUCACCAUUUCACCUCUCAUGGAGCAAGAUACGUCCAAGUCGGCGCCGAGUUUAGCGGACACAGCACAUUGGAUCUCGUGAUGAAAAUGGGAUGGCCGGGUUUCCUAGGCGGAGGAAAGCGAAAGUUUCACAUGUUAUCGGUUAAGAGUGACAAGAGGCAGUUAGAGCAAAUUGGGAGAUGGAUGUCGGAGGGCAAGGCGAAAGCGGUGGUGGAUCAAGUUUUGCGGAUGGAAGACGCCCCGAAGGCGUUUGAACAGCUCAAGAAGAAGCAUACGAGAGGGAAGAUUCUGGUCGCGGUGAGUGAAUGA